GCUUAGUGAGACUGAUGUGGGUUAAAUGUUGCGAUAGAGUCAAUGAAGAGAUGUGAAUGCGCUUUUCGUUAUUGUAGGCCCAUCCCUAGAUAUUGCAUACCAUAAUGACAACGAUGAAGCCCAUUCUUACGCCAGCAUUGCUCGCAGCGAUUCGAAAGCAACCAGGUCUACCACGUAAUACAUGGUACUUCAUCACUGCUACCACUCUAUCAGCUCUCAAUAGGCCGGACGAACUGCCAGAGGUUUUCAAGAAUGCCGUAGGGGAGGGUUCAGGCACUUCUGGGAACGGUGUUCCGAGCCGGGACGAUCAGUUACGCAUCUCUAGACGUCUCAGAGAAGCCCUCUUGAAAGCUUCGGCCGUCGGAGGCAUGCCCAAGUCGAUUAAUGCUCUAAUGUCCCUCAAGUCUGCAACCCCUGAAGACCUACUGGACGAACCAGGAAUGGGCACAUCUCCCAGGCAUAGGGACAUACACGAUACUGCACCAGCACAAGUGCUCGAGCGAGGACAAGCCUUCUUCGAAGCCAUAUAUGGCAAGAUUUCCAGACGUAUAAUGGGCCAACUAGACCGGUCAGGAGCACCAGACUUGGGCUUGCUGGCGAGGUUGACAUAUGGGUAUGUCCUCAGCAACACUGAUGUGCUUACACCAGCCGAAACUUCAUUCGUACUCAUUGCUAGUCUCAUCCCCCAAGAUGUGAACCCUCAACUAAAGGGACAUUUGCGGGGUGCACUCAAUGGAGGUGCCAGUGUAGAUGAAGUGAGAGCCGUGAGAGAUGUAGUUAUCAAGAUUUGCGAAGCUUCAGGAAUGAAGAAACUAGAGGAGGAUGCCAUUGGGGGAUGGGGUUGGAGAAGUGAAGUUGCGAAUGUGUAGACUAGAGGAUAGGUACUUUGAUCUCGGGGCUUCGAGCCUACCCUAAACUAUCUAUAUAGGCGGCCUGCCUGCGUGAUAGGAGAUUACAACUACCUUGGGUACCACUCUUACUGGUAAUUUCCAAGUUAUGUUAGAAUUGUAGUCAUGUACUAUUGCAAGGGAUAGUGUUGCUUGAGAGUUGUCAAC